AUGUCAGAGACCUCCACGCCCCAAGAAUCCACCGGAUCACAGCUCAAUCGAUCCUGUGAAUCUUGUCGAAGUCUCAAGGUCCGUUGUCUCCCCAGUCCAUCCACGCCAAAUCAAUGUCAGCGAUGCGCAAAAGGCAAACGAUCCUGCAUCUUCGUGGCCCCGCAGCGCCGGCGGCCACGUAAAAGAACCGACUCACGAGUCGCCCAACUGGAAAAGGAGAUGCGCGUCAUGCGUUCGCUGUUGAAAAAUCGAAUCCCGGAAGAAGAUGAGGAUUCAGAGGAGAGCGAAGACGAAAACGAGGAGUUGAAAAGCAGCGCCAGAGACCAGUCCGCGAACUCGGAUGACCUGCGCUAUAUGGAUUAUUCUCCUGAGCUGCUAACCCACGGGGUAUCGGUGCCGGAUUUUGCGUUUCCCGCGGGUGUCGAGGAGGAGAGACAGCCCGUGGAAGAUGUGAUUGAUCGUGGGAUUUUGUCCAUCGAAGACGCAGAGCAAUUAGUGGCCUACUAUAUUCAUGAGCUCGCCUCAUUCUUUCCAUUAGUUGUUCUCCCCCACACCACCACGGCAGUCAGUCUACGGGCAACCAAGCCUGUCCUCUUUCUCUCCGUGAUAGCCGCGACGGCGAUCUCCGUCGAUGCAGGCCUAGCUACCGUUUUGAACCGUGAGAUGGUACGACUCUAUUCCGAACGGUUCUUCAUCGAGGGCGAGAAAUCCCUGGAGUUGGUGCAAGCCCUGCUGCUUAUGAUUAUCUUUUACUUCCCACCCGCUUCGCCUCUCAAGCUGCAAUUCUACCAAUAUACGCACAUUGCAUCAACAAUGGCGCUGGAGAUCGGACUUGCAAACAAACGCCGCGUGAAAUCCGAUCGCAGGACCGCCCACGACGAAACGCUCGCCGAACAAGCUCGUGCUGUUCUUGGUUGCUAUCAUCUCGGCUCGACGGUUGCGAUGAAAACUCGUCGUCCCAAUCUCCUCCAGUUCAACGACUGGAUGGUCGAGUGUGUCCGACAUCUGGAACGUUCACCACAUCGAACAGAUCAGCACCUGGCUAUCUGGUUCGAGCUCCAGCGCAUAACCGACGAAGCGAUGUCCUCUUUCGGACUGGAUGACACGAGCACGACAUCGCCGCUGACAGAGUCCCGGGUUCAAGCCGUGCUGCGUUGGUUUGAUAAGCGCAUGGAGACGUGGAAGACGAACACACGCCCCGAGAUGCUGACUGUUCCUCUUAUCCUCGAAUAUCGCUCGACGGCACUCGCCAUGUACGAACUAGGCGUGGGAGAGGGUUACCGCGAUCCAGACGCUCUGAAGAAACGAUAUUUCACCCUCCCCACACCCGAUGAACCAGAUGCACAAUCUCCGCUUAGUGCCAUCCGCAUAGACAUCAAUAUGAAGUGGAUGAAUGCUGCCCACGAAAUGCUCGACGCGAUUUUGGCUUGCAGCACGGAUACCAUGCGCAAGUUGCCCAACCUGAUGUACACUCGACUAGCAAUGGCGGUGACAUCACUGCUUAAGAUCCAUUUCUCUGUGCGGACCGGGGCACUCGGUGAAGUUGUCACGCCGGAAACCGUCAACGUGCACUUUUACCUCGAUGCCACGGCUAACAAGUUAGCCGAGGCGAGUGGCGGUGGGAAGUACAAGAUUCCCAGUCGGUGGUAUCAGGUCAUUGGUGUCCGGGGGCGAGAUUGGUACGAGCGUCUUGAAAGGCGAGGCGAGGGAACGGUAGAAUCAAUGGCUGUACCAGGUAGCCAAGGCCAGACUCACAGUCAGGCCCCAGGCCAGGGCCAGGAGACCAUUAACGUCCAGUCCAUGAACACCUUCCCUGUGUCGGUGCCGAUGGUUGACCCGCGUGAUGGGUACGUAGCAAUGAGUGGCACGGGAAUGUGGCCGCCAAUGGAUGCACAAGGCCAUAACCCUAGCCCUCAGUUCUUCAUGGGGUAUCAGCAUUCACCUCAUCCGGCAUCAUCACAGCCGAUGCCGCCUCAGUUUGCGUAUGAGCCUCAUAGGAUGCCUGCACCUGGAACGGGCAUGGAGUUGGACGGCUGGCUUCCUGAUGGGAGUAUCUUUGGAAUGCCGCCUUUGCCUGAGUUUUAG